AUGACCGCGAGGUAUGACAGGGCGAUUACCGUGUUUUCCCCUGAUGGACAUUUGUUUCAAGUUGAGUAUGCCCAAGAAGCGGUCAAAAAGGGGUCUACUGCCGUUGGCGUAAAAGGUGCAGACUGUGUAGUGCUUUGUGUCGAGAAAAAAGCUACGACUAAACUCCAAAAUGACAGGACUGUUCACAAAAUCUCUCUUCUUGACGAACAUAUAGCGGUUGCCUUUGCAGGGCUCACUGCCGAUGCAAGGAUACUUAUUGACAGAAUGCGAAUUGAGUGCAAAAGCUACCGCUUAACCGUCGAGGAUCCUGUCUCUGUGGAAUACAUUGCUCGACACAUGGCACAGUUGAAGCAGAAGUAUACUCAAAGCAACGGUCGUAGACCUUUCGGGGUGUCCACACUCCUGUGUGGUGUAAAUCAAGAUGGUUCUACUCACCUUUACCAGACUGAUCCUUCAGGAACCCAUUUUGAAUGGCUGGCCAACGCAAUCGGUAAGAAUUCGAAGGCUGCGCGUGAAUUCUUGGAGAAAAAUUACUCAGAAGCUGCUGUCACAACACAGGAGGCCACCAUCAAACUAGCCGUUAAGGCUCUGUUCGAAGUUGUGCAGACCGGUGCAAAGCACAUGGAAUUGGGGGUAAUGAGGCGAAGAUCAGAUUACAAACCUGGAGAACCCAUUGCGGAAUGGAAGAUGCUUACAACGGAGGAGAUUGAGGAGUACGUGAAGGCGAUUGAACGGGAGCGCGAAGAGGAGACGGAGAAAAAGAAACAAAAGAAGGAGGCUUCCGCAUCCGGCAGUAGCUUUUAG